AUGUAUGAAUACAACGACGAAGAUGGAGGGAUUCAAUUUCAACCCUACGACGAUGAACUCAUCAAUCAAUAUUUAAUCCCCAAGUUGAAAGGUAAACCAUGUAGAGAGAUCACUAUGAAGGAUGUUUACUCAAAGGAGCCAUGGUUGCUGGACCAUCCCAUGGGUUCGUUUUUCAAGAAGAACGAGUGGUACUACUUUGUGACAAGGACUCAACUCUCUAAGAAGAAAAUUGGUUGUGGUAAGAAAGUGAAACGGAAGAUCACCCGAGACGACGAUAGUGGGUCUUGGAGGGCUAAUGCGAAAGAAGAUAUCACGGACAAGGAAACAAAGAAGACCAUUGGGGUAAAGCAAAGCCUAAAUUUUGUUAGAAGCAACGUAAAUAACAAGAAGCAGAAGAGGGAAGACGGUACUUCUUGUGAUGUAUCACGAGACAAUGAGAGCUGGAUUAUGACAGAAUAUAUGCUUCCGGAAGAAAAAGAUAAGUUUCAUGAACUGGUCAUAUGCAAGAUUCAUGUGAUCAAGAAUUCCAAGAAGGAGAAUGAUGAUCAUCAUGAAGCUUGUACUUCUAGUAAUCAUCAUCAUUAUGUGUCUGUUCUAGCUUCUUCUUUCUCUGAUCAGCAGCUGCAACAUCCGAUCAAUGAAGCUCAUCGUCAUGAAGCUUCUACUUAUCAUCAUCAUCCUAUUGAGUUUUAUACCUUGGAGCAGCAACCGAUCAAUAUUGUUUAUCAAGAAACUUUUCUAGCUCCUAUCUUGGAGCAGCAGCCGAUUAAUAUUGUUGAUCAAGAAACUUUUCUAUCUCCUUUCUUGGAGCAGCAGCCGACUAAUAUUGUUGAUCAAGAAGUUUUUCUAUCUCCUUUCUUGGCGGUGCAGCAGACUAAUAUUUUUGAUCAAGAAAAUUUUCUAUCUCCUUUCUUGAGGGAACAGCCGACUAAUAUAGCAUGCAAUAUUCAAGAGAAUAACAAGGACGAUCAUGAAGCUCUUAUUCCUUAUCAUCAUCAUGAGUUUGCAGCAGACUGCUACACAGAGCAGCAGCCGAUCAAUGAAUUUCAUGGCCAUGUUCCAAAGAUUCCACUGAUAGGAUCAGAACUUAUAAAUUCGUUGGCGACAGUGAAUGUUUCGAGUUUGCCUAUGGAAGAAGAUGAUGGUAUUCUGAAUUACGAUGCGCAGUUCAUUUAUCAGGACUUGCUUGAAUCAGUAUGCUACCCUCCGCCCCCUCCCCCAAGAAAGCUCUAA